GACGCUGAAUUCGGCGAUUUUCACCAUGGCUACUGAAUUGAAUGUGAAUGUGUUUUCUUGAUCGAGUGGAGAGUGCGUUGAGAAAUGUCUGAUGAGUUGAAUGCAAGAGGGUGAGCAACUAGUUUAUAUCAGUUUCUGCAGAGAAAGAGUUUCUUCGUAUGGAACCGUCGAGUUCAUCGUCGGGGAUCGGUUGAGAUGCGGAUGGGGGGGUAUGAUUGGUGGAAUCGCCUACAUUGCCGGAUUUGGCUUAGGGGGUUUUGAGUGGGUCUGUCGGCCGGGAGUCGGAGGCAGGAGCGAGCAUCAGAACUCGGAAGAUCAUGGAGCAUGCGAAUGAUAUGAAUCCAGUUUUGACUGCUUAUUCGAAGAGGACUUGAAGAUAGGGGUAUAUCUAGAGUGAUGGGACUGGCUGAUACCACUUGAACUGCUA